UUAGCAAUUCUUCAGUUAUACCUCACAUUGUAAACAAAUUUUGCGAUAACCAGAAGCAACUGUAAAGAAUAUUCAAUAUCCUCUGAUCAACCGUCAUAUCGAUAUAUAUAUUACAUAUACAAGUGUUUCUUACUUGGGUGAAAUCGUGAAGACUUGAGCAUUAUUUCUAAAUACAUGCUAUCAAUAAAUUAAUAUUCAAAUAGAAAUUAAUAUGGAAAUAAAUAGACACGAGCUGAUAGUACUACAAUCUUUUACUGGAAUAAAUGAUCUUGAAAAAUGUAACAACUUUUUUCAUCCUAACGUGUGUCAUGUGUGCAAGACAUCAAAGCAAAGUGAACUGCAAACGUGUACCGACUGCUACAUGAUUUCGUAUUGUAGUGAUAAUCACAAAAUGUUUCACCAACAGCAACACAUCGAUAUAUGCCAAGCAGUAACAAAAGUAAAUAAAAAUUACAAUAUAAGGGAAAGUGAUGGCAUGACGUUAGAUGAAUGGAUUUUAUUUAAGAGGAAUAAUGUGAUAAAAAUUCAACAGGAGCUCGGUCGUAAUUUGCUAUUGUACGAAGAGCAGAUGUUCUUGUUCGCAAAAUCAUGUUUCAUGUGCUAUAAACAGACUAAUUUGGUAAACACUUGUGUUUCGUGUUGUAGCGUUGAUAGUUGUGCUGAUCAUAAUUUACUUAACUUUACACACGAUUGUAAGAAUCUGCAUAUCUCUCUUGCUCUCGAUAUCGAGUAUCUCAUGAAAGCAGAAGAUGUGGAAAAAAUAAGGUUUGAUACCUCAUUAAAGAUAGAUGAUAUAUGCGAUAACACAAUGUUAUUUGUUGAGCGCUUUGCAAAAGACAGGGAACAUACUUAUUGGUCGUUUUACGAUUUCUACUAUUCUGAUUGGGCAUCAGCAGCAUUGACACUAUGUUGCGUUAUGGUAGAUCCAAAGUAUUGUUAUCUUCUGCAGAAAAAAGGUACCUUCGUUAUUCAUAUUAUAGCCGGAACUUUGAUGAAUGUGAACAAUUUGUUAGCAUGGGAAAUCUUUCUACACCUGCUACCCAGAGAAACAAUACUAAAAAUUACAAUGAUAGAACCAAAUUUAGAAAAUCGAUACAGGCUGAUAUCGGAUACUUGUACCUUGUGCCAUUCUUCUGACAAGAUUUUGUAUGCAGAAUAUCACAAUUUGUCAUAUGAGGAUUAUGUGAUUAAUUGGGAAUACGAUAAACCGAAUGUUAUUAUAGGAUAUAAUAUAGAACUUAAUAAAUUAGAAAUACAAAAUAUACACAAAUUGAAUUCUCAGAUGUGUCCGUUGGUUUUAACGGUUACAACAGACAAUGAAACUUCUAAAAUUAUACAGAAAUUAGAGGAAAUGCCGUGCGUAGCCCAACCAUUUAUGUUUGUUACCAAAAAUAAAUAUCGAUCUUUAAGACCAUACAAGUCUUAUGCAACCAAUACAUCAUUUUUUCAUAAUGAAAAUUUAAUUAUAUACGAGAGUUUAAAUCCUAAAUAGCGUAUUGUACAAUUACCACUCCGAUCUCUAGCUUAUUUGCGAUAUAUAAUAAAUUUUUCUUUUACAAAUUAA